AUAUCUUUUUGCAAUUGUACCAAAAGUGACUUAUUCUUGACCUUGCUAGUUUCUGUUGUGUCCCCUUGUGCUGGGCACUCUGCUCCCCAGGCUCUCGUGCGGCGCUGUGGUGUGCCGGUGCCUUUGCCAUGUGCUGUCAUUUCACACUGUUGUCAUUUUUCCUAAACCCGAUUGAGAAAUUGAGCUGGAAUCUCUCUGAAUUCUGCAGAAGGGUUCUGGUGCACAGGCGAAGGUGCUGCUGUGUUUGAAGACAAGCAUGGCUGGCUGGUGCAGUGAGGUAGCAGCGCCUGCCCCGAGGCGUGCAGGGCAGCACAGGCAGCUCCUGCUCAGCAGCCAGCACCAACUUAGCUUGGAAAUCUGGAAAGCAAAAACGCUGCACUCUUCUUCCUGGAGCAAACCUGUCAGAGAAGGAACGUGAGGGAGACUUGUCCAGGCUUAGGAGAAAACUGAUGGGAUUUAGCUCUGGAAUUAGAUCCUGUGGUCAGAACUUGUGUUGUGCUCAUGGCUCACCUGAACAAGAGGGGCAAGUCUGCAACAAGAGGGGCAAUGUGGGACAGGCUUGUCCCUGGUGUCUCCACAUUGCUGGUCAGUGAGCUGUGGCAGGAUCACUGUCCUUCCUGGGGUGGCUUCUGCCAGGGCUUUUAGGAGAGUGCUCAGACUCACAGCUGUGAUGCAGCUGAGAAGCUGUUUGUGGCCAGGCUCCAUUUCCACAAACACUUUGACUCCCCUCUCCCCUUCCCAAAGACUGGAGCUGAUUUACUGAGUUUUAGAGAAGCAGGACAUGAGGGGGAAGCCCAUGUGAUCUCCUGGCUGCUGAAGAUCUGAGGGAGGGGGCAGAUUGGGAUAACACUAGUGAAGCCAGUCUCGUGGCGAGGUACCGCUGUCCUGGAUAGGUUUUGGGGAUGUUUCUCACUGCUGAAGUGAUACUGCUGUCCCCUGAGCAGAGGAGCAGGUCAGCCUGAGAAAAGCUGCAGUGUGGCAGGAGAGGAGCAGGUAGUUGAUGGGGAUUCCUGCUGGAGGAGAUCAGCUUUGCUCUGAUUGAUAGGGAGUUUAGGGAGUUGUUUGGGAUGCUUUCCAAGUAAACUUCCCAAAGGAGGAGCAGGAUAGAACAUUGUCUCCAGACUUCCCCCUUCUGGCCCUGGACUUGCCCUUGUCUUCUCUGAAGUGUCUGAUGUGGCACUUGCAGCCAUCCCCCACACAGGCCACACACUGCACAGCACCCAGCAGGCUCUGGUCUUCCAGCUGGUUGUGUGGUGACUGGAAGAAGUGAUUUUACAGAACACAGAGGUGUCCAGUUGUCCUGGGCUGUCAUUCCCAACCCUGUCCCGCUUAGACCCAGGCUGAGAUGCAACCAGCCAGAGCCCUUGGAACACAGCUGAGUCCUGAUCUGGGCCAGCGGAGCAGGCAAGGUGUGUAUGGGGCUGGUUAGGAUCUUGGUUCCACAGCUGGAGCCUCGGGUGUGAGGAGAGCCCCAUCAACACAGCAGGCAACGAUGGGCAGGCACCCCUGCAGCCACGGAGAACUUGCAUUUUGUGGUGCUCGGUGGCAGGAGUGUCGGGUCCCUGCCGGUGGCAGCCGCGCUGCUGUGUCCUGGGUCACAAACAGGGCUGGCAGCCGUGACAAAGCCCCCUGUCCUUGCUCCGUGCUCGGAGCCGACUGUGCUUCCCGGGGCCCGUGUGCUCAGCGAGCACGGAGUGGGGAAGGGCAGCUGUGCCGUGAAGGGUCACUGUGCUGAACAAGCUCUGUUUGCCGCGCUGCAUGUCGGCGAGGCCACGGUCCCCCGAGUGUCGCUUGCCUGUGGUUUGGUUUUGUUCUCAGUGCAGUGUAGGACCCGAGUGGUGUUUCCGCAGUGUCCCCGUCCGGCUCGGGGGACGCUUGUCCUGCCGGCUGUCCCCGUGCGAGGCCACCCGUGCCGGAGCCGUCGCCCGGCUUCUCUCGUGUAUAGUGUUCUGGAGUGUGACAAUUCUUGUUCCUGAGGUGCUCGUCCGUUUGGUUUUCUGCUGUGAGGGUGUCGUGUUCCCUUUCUCCUGUUCCUGGUGCCGUUCCCGGCCCCGGGGAGGGGUCCCGCGCCAGCCCUCCCGGGGAGCGCCCCUGGCCCGCCCGGGAUUUGUGUAUCUUGUGAAUUGUGUACAGUCGCUCCCGGCCGGAGCCGGGGCUGGCGGACAGAAGGGUCACCCAGAGGGCUCCGGGCUCGGUGCAGGCGGUAUUUAUUGCUAAGUUAUUGCCGUUAUUUAUUCUGUACAGUGUCCGCCGCCUUUGUACGCGACAAUAAACCGCUUCCACAGCCGCCGCCUGCGCGUCCUUUGGGUCCGCCCGCCACCAGGGCGCGCUGCCGCGCGGGGGGCGGUGCCGGAAGCGGCGCGCGCGCGCUCUGGCCGGAAGGCGGAAGCGGCGGAGCCGAGCCCGGUGGCGGCGGAGGCGCGGCGGUUCCGGGGCGAUGGCGGCGGGCGGCAGCCUGAGCCGCUCCGAGCGGAAAGCGGCGGCGCGCGCCGAGAUCCUGCAGCAGGAGGAGCAGCGGGACCGCCGGAGACAGGUGUCCCGCAUCUGGAGGAAGCCGCCGGCGGAGCGGAGCCCUGAGGAGUGCCAGGUGCUGAGUGAGAGCGAGGACAUCGUCAGGGAGCUGGAGCGGCGCCGCAAGCGGCGCGAGCGGCUGCGGCGGCGGCAGGAGGAGGUGUGUGAUGAGCCAGAGGAGCUGACCAGGAAGGUGGCAGAGCUGGCAGCGGCCGUGCGUGGCGCCAGGCACCUCGUCAUCUACACGGGCGCUGGGAUCAGCACGGCGGCUUCGAUCCCAGACUACAGAGGCCCCAAUGGCAUUUGGACACUGCUGCAGAAGGGCAGGAGUGUCAGGGCUGCAGACCUGAGUGAGGCAGAGCCCACACUCACUCAUAUGAGCAUUGCCUGCCUGCACAAGCACAACCUGGUGCAGCACGUGGUGUCUCAGAACUGUGAUGGGCUGCACCUGCGGAGCGGCUUACCCCGAGCUGCAAUAUCUGAGCUGCACGGGAACAUGUACAUAGAGGUCUGCACUUCCUGCACCCCCAACCGAGAGUACGUGCGAGUGUUUGAUGUGACAGAGCGCACAGCCCUGCACAGGCAUCACACGGGCAGGAUGUGCCACAAGUGUGGGGCACAGUUGAGAGAUACAAUCGUCCACUUUGGGGAGAAGGGGACAUUGAGACAGCCCCUGAACUGGGAAGCAGCAACAGAAGCUGCAAGCAAAGCAGAUGUGAUUCUUUGUCUGGGUUCCAGCUUAAAGGUUUUGAAAAAAUACCCGCGGCUCUGGUGCAUGAGCAAGCCCCCCACUCGCCGGCCCAAGUUGUAUAUUGUGAACCUGCAGUGGACCCCGAAGGACGAUCUGGCCGCCCUGAAGCUGCACGGCCGCUGCGACGACGUGAUGCGGCUGCUGAUGGCGGAGCUGGGGCUGCAAAUCCCGCGCUACGACCGGGCGCGGGACCCCAUCUUCGCGCUGGCCGAGCCGCUGCGCCCCGGGGAGGAGGGCACGCACUCGCGGAAACCCGUGGCGCCGCCCCGGGAGCGGGAGGAGCCCCGGGAGCAGGAGCAGCCCCGGGAGCGGGCGGAGGCGGCGGUCGGGCGGCCCGGGGGGUGGUUCGGCCGCGGCUGCGCCAAGGGCGCCCGGCGCAGGAAGAGCCGCUGA